GAAGCGUCAAAUCAAUUAUAUAGGCAGGCUUAACAUUAUGGUAAAGUGCAGAGCCGUAUGGCUCUAUACAGGUUUUAACUAAAGUGAAAUGUCGCAUUGCACAUUUUGACAUUAUUUAAUACUAUUCUAAAGUUAUCGUGUACAUUGCGUAGCAUAUAUUCUCAACGAAAAAUACCUUUAAAUUUUAUAUGAAAUUUUAAUGUCUUACAUUUCUGUAUCAAUUAUGAUUAACAAGAAUGCAGACACCGGAUAUGAGAUGGGGCAAUAUAUGCAAUCUUUUCCGGUUUACAGCGCUUGCGGAAGAAGACAUUGUAGCUGUUACGUUCGUCGACAUUUUAAAUUGUAUACUUGUAAAAGGCUUUCAGUUAUAUUAUGGAUUCAGGUGAUGCCAAAAGCGAGAGUACCAUCACAAACUUUAGAAGUCAGCUGAGUACUGUUGCAGACAGUUUUCUCAAGUUGGCCCCAGAUCAACAGUCUGAAGCUGUGAAACUUAUCCAAGGUCUUCAGUCAGUUCUAGUUAACCACCUACCCAUUAAUGUCGAUCCCCAAGACACUUACAUGCUGGAAAGAAACCAGCAAAUCGCCACUUUCCUCUUUCACAAUUUAAACAAUACUCUUGGAGAAGGUUCUGAUAGUGAUGUUUUUAAUCAAGAAGAAAAGCCCAAUAUUAGAAGUUCUAAAGAAAUGUGCAUUCAACCAUCUCCCGUUCCUUCACACUUCGUUACUGAGCAACGUGAUUUCGUGAAUGCAAGCAGAAGAAGCACAAGUAAUAUACGUGAUGAACAUUUGAAUAUUACCGCUCAAAGUUUUAAACCUCCAGAACAUGCAGAAAAACAUGAUACUGCAUACUCGUCCACUCAGGUAGAAAACCUAAGUGUCUUACAGUUUGACUCGCAGGCUAACAAUUGUCUUAUGACAAAGAACUUGGAAGUAUCUGAAGCACAGACACAAAUCCUUAGCCAAAAUGCAUCAGUCAGCUACAAAAGUAUGGAUGCUGAAUCCAUAAAAUCAUCGCAGACAAAAAAUAUGCCUACAUUCUCUGUUUGUGACAUUGGUCCUACUGAUGCGGAAUACAGUAACUGUGAUGUGAGAGCAUCAUCUCUAUUCCAAAAUUCAUGCAACAUGUCAACCCAAUCCUCACACAAGUGGAAAAAAUUCUCCCGAACAAACUGACUGUGUGACUGCAAAAACAGAGGUUACGGGUAAAUUACCUGAAAA